AUGGAGUCCUGUAAUUUGGAGAACUUGAAUAUACAUGCCAGUCCGCGCGAAGUCAAAGAUUAUCUUGAACGAUUCGAGAUUUGGUGUAUUACGCGGAAAGGAAUCGAUGGAGGACGCAAAGCGGCUAAUUUCCUAACGGUCAUCGGAAAGGAUACAUACUCAUUGUUGAAGAAUUUGGCGUUUCCUGACUCCCCUAUAUCGCUAUCGUAUGAAUCCCUGAAAACAUUGCUGCUGAAGCAUCUACAGCCGGCUAAUUUCAAAUCUGCUGAACGAGCCAAAUUUCAUUCACUCAAAAAUGAUGGAAGCCAACCUGUACGUGACUUCAUUCUUCAGCUUCAGACUCAAGCAUCUCGUUGCAACUUCGGAGAUCAAUUGCAAACCCAGCUACGUGAUCGAUUAAUUGCUGGUAUUAAUUGCCCGGAAUUACAGCAAAAGCUCCUGCUCCUGCACGAUUGCACAUUUCAGUCGGCUACGGCAGUCUGUGAACAGUACCAAGACGUUCUUGCCAUUAUUUAUGAUGAACCCAACUUGUUGUUCAUUGCCAUACUUGAAUGUUCCAAGGCAAAGGGUGGUAUCAACAUGACUCCUGUAAGUCUAGAAGUGACCGGUUCUCCGGUGUUUAUGAAACGUCGGAUUAUCCCACUUGGACUUCGUGAGCCCGUAAAAAAGGCUUUAGAUGAAAUGGUAAGCAAGGGCGUUCUGACACCCGUAAAUUCUUCGGCUUGGGCCACGCCCAUUGUUACCACAACUAAAACGUGA